AUGGCCACGAUCACAGCCCACCGGGCGGCGGAGAUGCUCGCGCGCCCCCCGGUCGUGUACACGUUCGGCCAGCCUCGCACCUCCAACGCCGCCUUCGCGCGGCUUUUGGAUCAUAGCUUGCCAAGGUACUUCCGCGUCACGAACGGAGGGGACCCAGUGCCGGACGUGCCUGGGUGCACGUACUCGAGCAAUGGCACUUGCAUGGCGACGCCGACUGGGUACCACCACGCAGGGACAGAGAUCUGGUUUCCGAAGGGGGACUACCAGAACGGCGUCAUGUGCGGAUACCGCGAGUGUACCGGCGAACCGAAGGCCGAGGAUUAUGCGUGCGGUCAGGCGAGCUCCUUCGGAUCCGUCUAUGAUCACUGCGGGUAUUUCAACCUGAUCCCUGAUGGGUUCUGCAACAAGCUCGGCGGCUCGCCCGCUCUGCUCCCCCCGCUGGCGGUCGGCGGGGCCGCCGAGACGGUCGUCGUCUGA